UCUUAUUCCAGGAUGUUACCAGUAGAUAACAGACUUCUAAACUUGCAGAUCUACAAACUUCUUCAGUGCGUUCACCAGAAAGACAAGAAGCAAAUAGAAAAGCUAGUCCAGAAGGGGUUCCCAAAUCUCCUGAAUUUCACAGAGCCUGCGGAAGGAUACAGUGCCCUUCAUUUGGCCUGCAUUAAGAAUGACACUGACAUGUGCAGCUUCUUGCUGGAACAAGGAGCUCAUCCAGAUGUCCAGGACAAAAUGGGACGUACUCCAGCAAUGAGGGCAGCUGAGCUAGGCCAUGAGUUGAUUUUGGAUUUAUUAGCAAAAGCUAAAGCAGACAUGACUGCUGUGGAUAAGGAGGGGAAAGGUGUUUUGUUUUACUGCAUUUUACCUACAAAACGGCAUUACCGCUGUAUGCAAAUUGCCUUGGAUUAUGGUGCAGAUGUUAACAACUGUACUACUGAUGAGAAGCCUGUAUUUCUACAAGCGUGUGAGCAAGCUCAUGAUAUUAAAGAAAUAUGUCUGAAUUUCUUGGAAAGAGGCGCAAAUCCCAAUGCAAGAGACCCAGCAACGGGUCGCACAGCCUUAAUGGAAGCUGCAAGAGAAGGUGUUCUCGAGCUGGUGCGUGCUCUACUUGAGAGAGGAGUAGAUGUUAACCUAUUUGACCUUGAGAGACACAGUGCUGCACAUUUCGCAGCCAGAGGAGGCUUUUUCGAGAUUCUGAGGAUUAUUUCAGCCUAUAAUGGAGACUUGGGCCUGAUUGCUAUGAAUGGUAACACACCGCUUCAUUACGCUGCAGAGGGAGGAUUUGCAAAUUGCUGCAAGUUUAUAGGACAAAGAGGCUGUGAUCCUACAUGGACAAACUUACUAUCAAAAACCCCCAGAGCCGUUGCCAAGGAAGGUGGUUUUAAAGCAGCAGUAGCAGAAUUGCGUAAAAUUGAAAAUACCUUUAAAAAGCAGUCCAAGGCUGAGGCUAAGGAGGACAACCCCCGCUGGGCACUGAGGCUGUACGACUGGUCCUUAGAGCACCAGGCUGCCCUCCGCAAGGCGUUUGAGGCCGUCGACCAAGGAGAUGGGACAGUAGCUAAAGAUGAUUUUAUAUCAGUUAUUCAGAAGCAGUGUGCCUUUGUAGAUGUCGAACAAAUACAAACUAUUGCUGAAAUUCAUGAAAGAUCUCACCCCGAGGGAAUCAAAAUAGAAGAAUUCUUUAAAGGCUCUAAAUACUUGCAGAAAAGCUGUCUUAUAACGUCCUUUGGACCCAAAGGGAAGAAAGGGAAGAAACGAAGAGGCAAGAGAGGCAUCGCCAUCCCCGUGCCAAUUUGUGUUGUUCCGAAGAGCGCGUGUCCGUGUAGGGAAGACGGCCUCCCCAUGUACAUGGUCGAGGCUAUCCAGGACUUUGCUGAUGGCUGCCAUUUUAACCAAGACCACCCAUCUGCCCAUCCCGUGCACGAUGACCGUGCCUGGUAUAUAGAUGAACCAAGGAAAACGUACAUGAAUAUUAACUACCUUGUCAGAGCAGGAGACUUUCUGUCUCUACAGAAAGCAUUUGAGGAGGGUGUGCCAGUAGACAUAAAAGAUAAAUAUUACAAAACACCUUUGAUGGCUGCAUGUGCAAGUGGGAAUAUAGAUGUUGUGCAGUAUCUACUGGAAAAGGGGGCUGAUGUGAACGCAACAGACAAUUUCAUGUGGACUCCUCUCCAUCACGCUUGCUAUAACGGACACCCAGAUAUUGCUGAACUGCUGGUGAAGGCUGGAGCAGCCGUGGACGCACCUGCAAUAGGCAAUGCAACCCCGCUAAUGAGAGCCAUUGAGAUCUGCAGAUUGGAUAUAGUCUAUUUUUUAAUCAGUGCAGGUGCUGACAUCCAAAUUACAAACAGCAAUGGAAAGAAUGCUCUUGAUAUUGCUAAGGUAUUUGCAGAUUCUAGAAUAAUUGAUCUGCUCCAAAAUGAAAUGGAAAAUUUGCCAGAAGUACCAGAAAAAAAACAAGCAGAGAAAGAAAAAGUUGUGAAGCCAAAGUCACCUUCUACACAAAAGCCUGUAGAGGUACAAGCUAUGAAAAAAGAGCCUUCACAGAUAUCUCUGCCAGUUGUAGAAAAAUCCACUCUUGAAAAGACAACAGGUUCCCUUAAGGACAGUGUUAUUUAUCUGAACUCUUUGAUAACAAGUGGUGCUACCAAGAAAGAUGACAUCUCAUUCAAACCCAGAAAAAUUUGGGCCCCUGAAGCUGCAACAGAGGAGUUGGUAAGAAAGCAAGAAUUGCUUCGUGAACGCCUUACUCUUGAUGGCCACUCAGAAAGCUUCACAACCCCCUUUGACAGAAAAUUUACGGAAUAAGCAUACCAGCUAGAAGAAUGAAGAUAGCAUUCAGAAAUUAUUUAAAACCACAUUCUUGGUUAUAUGCAGUGGCAACAAAGUACAGAAUUUACAACCAGGACUACUACUGUCUAGUGUACUGCUUUCAUGCUGUCCCAUACACUUGCAAGAGUGCACAAACCUUUCUCUGCACUCACUGAGGAUGUGUUCCCCAACUGCAGUGUUGCAAAGCUGUUACCAAGAACUUGAGAUAUUUUCAGCAAACUUGAAAAACAUUUAGAGAUCUUGUGAAUGCAGGUUCUUGUAUAAGCAGCUACAGCCACAGCUAAUCCAAAUCAGUGCUUGUCCCCUCAACAGUGAAGUCAACAGAUACUGUCCCUGU